GGGUGGGCGAAGGAGGCAUGGAUGGAUGGAGGUUCAGGUGGCCUCUCACGCAAGGAAUCUGCGAUGGGAGCCGGGAGGCCGCCUUCACCUACGCCAUCAUCGCAGCCGGCGUGGCCCACGCCAUCACGGCUGCCUGCACCCAGGGCAACCUGAGCGACUGCGGCUGCGACAAGGAGAAGCAAGGCCAGUACCACCGGGACGAGGGCUGGAAGUGGGGUGGCUGCUCUGCCGACAUCCGCUACGGCAUCGGCUUCGCCAAGGUCUUUGUGGAUGCCCGGGAGAUCAAGCAGAAUGCCCGGACUCUCAUGAACUUACACAAUAACGAGGCAGGCCGAAAGAUCCUGGAGGAGAACAUGAAGCUGGAGUGCAAGUGCCACGGCGUGUCGGGCUCAUGCACCACCAAGACCUGCUGGACCACGCUGCCGCAGUUCCGCGAGCUGGGCUACGUGCUCAAGGACAAGUACAACGAGGCUGUCCACGUGGAGCCCGUGCGCGCCAGCCGCAACAAGCGGCCCACCUUCCUGAAGAUCAAGAAGCCACUGUCCUACCGCAAGCCCAUGGACACCGACCUGGUGUACAUCGAGAAGUCGCCCAACUACUGCGAGGAGGACCCGGUGACGGGCAGCGUGGGCACGCAGGGCCGAGCCUGCAACAAGACGGCCCCCCAGGCCAGCGGCUGCGACCUCAUGUGCUGCGGCCGCGGCUACAACACCCACCAGUACGCCCGCGUGUGGCAGUGCAACUGCAAGUUCCACUGGUGCUGCUACGUCAAGUGCAACACGUGCAGCGAGCGCACCGAGGUCUACACGUGCAAGUGAGCGGCGGGGCAGCGGCCCCACUGGCCGCACGCGGGGCGGCGAGGCCCGGACACUCUCCACGCCGCGGGCACGGCCCAGACCUCUGCAGCCGCGCUGAGCUUGUCUUGUCUGCUGUGGGGUCCCCUGCGGGGGACCCCUCCACGGCCCCGAGUUGUCCACGCCCCACCCAGCGCCGCUCCCUUGGCCCCAGACGCCGCCUGGGGCCUCCUUGGCCGGAGCAGAGCCUUCGCACCAGAAACUCUGGACUCCGGGGCCUCAAGAGAGCAAUAUUUAACAAUUUAUUCUGAUAAAAAAUAAUAUUAAUUUAUUUAAUUAAAAAGAACCCUUCCACCUCGUCGGGAUCCGUUUUCUGCAAUCAAAGUGGACCGCUUGCUUUCCUGUGGGAUAAUUCUGUCGCUAGGACAAGGAGCCGAGUAGAACUGUACAUAAUGAUUCUUUCUGCAGAUACUUCUACUAGUUGAUUUCGCAAGUACCCCCUUGCCGCACUAGAUGUUUAAGUGCAAGGGCAGACAUCCUGUAUACCUAUGUAGACAUAUACACACACACUUAUAUUUUUUUGCUGUUUGCUGCUAAUUCUCCAGAGAUUUAAGCUGGUCCAGAAAUGGAGACGUUUUCCAGGAUAGGUUUCCCCUCCUGCAGUCCUCCCCAGCGCAAACGUCACCAUUAGAAAAGUCCAGUUUGGAAUACAUAGAGAGAGGAAAGGUAAUACUAAAACUCCCAGCAGUUUCCAUCUUUUGGAAAGUGAGCCACUGGAUAAGAGAGAAUAUUUUGUAAGAGACUAUUUUUAUAUGAAUAUUUUAUUUAUAUUGAGUCUGCCUGUAUCAUUCCAUGGCUUGUGCUUCUUCUUAAUUCCAGUACUCCCUUUGGGGUGAGGAGGGGCGAGGCCUGGGUAUGGGGUCAGCCCCACGGGGACCCUCACAUGGCUGGGUUCUCAAGUUCUGUGGGCCACGUGGGCAGAAGCGGCCCCAGAUGCCUGGGCUGCAGUGUCAUCGGUAUCCCUAGGAAGGAAGCAGGUCCCUGGCCACAGCCUGCUGAGCUCAGGCCUUUUGAGCAGGGUCCCUGAGCAGUGACCUCGAGCUGAGCCACGGCAUCACGUGACCAUCACAGGGACAGGUCAUCGUCACUCAGCAGAAGCCAGCUAAGGGAUCCCGCUCCUCACCAGGCUGCCCUGCCUUUGCCGUGUAUCCUCAGUUAUGGGGCAGCAGAGCUGGGGUGAGGGGUCCCACGAGCAGCACUGAGUUAGUGGAUGGGUGGUUGGUGUCAUGGUCCCAGGGCAGAGGGAGGUGUGGAUGAGGCCUCUCUACACUGGGUCCAACUACAUCCAGUGCCUCUCAAUCUGGAAAGCUCUCCUCCA